GCUGCUCCCCACCCCUUCUUCGGGAAGAUCGCGACUCUCCCGUCGCUCGCCCCAAGCCUCUGCUUCGUAGGUUCUGGUUUCCCAAUCGAUCGUGAGUUUCUAGUCCCUGGAGCUGCGUGGGUCGUGAGUUCAAGUCCCUUUCCUCCCGGAGGCGACAACGUUCCCGCGGGUCCCCGUGCCACGCAGCGCGGGCGUGCACGCCCCUCCCCGCCGGGCCGCGCUGCCAGCCCCGCCCCGCCCCUGGGUGGGAAGGUCAAGGGGCCCGGGCCCUCCCAGCCCCCCGCACCCCUGCGCGCGCCCGCCCCUCGCCUCCUGUCCGGACGCUCGCAGCCGAGCGCGGCCGGGGAAGGGCUCUCCUCCCAGCGCCGAGCACUGGGCCCUGGCAGACGCCCCAAAAUUGUUGUGAGGAGUCUAGCCAGUUGGUGAGCGCUGUAAUCUGAACCAGCUGUGUCCAGACUGAGGCCCCAUUUGCAUUGUUUAACAUACUUAGAAAAUGAAGUGUUCAUUUUUAACAUUCCUCCUCCAAUUGGUUUAAUGCUGAAUUACUGAAGAGGGCUAAGCAAAACCAGGUGCUUGCGCUGAGGGCUCUGCAGUGGCUGGGAGGACCCCGGCGCUCUCCCCGUGUCCUCUCCACGACUCGCUCGGCCCCUCUGGAAUAAAACACCCGCGAGCCCCGAGGGCCCAGAGGAGGCCGACGUGCCCGAGCUCCUCCGGGGGUCCCGCCCGCGAGCUUUCUUCUCGCCUUCGCAUCUCCUCCUCGCGCGUCUUGGACAUGCCAGGAAUAAAAAGGAUACUCACUGUUACCAUUCUGGCUCUCUGUCUUCCAAGCCCUGGGAAUGCACAGGCACAGUGCACGAAUGGCUUUGACCUGGAUCGCCAGUCAGGACAGUGUUUAGAUAUUGAUGAAUGCCGGACCAUCCCCGAGGCCUGCCGAGGAGACAUGAUGUGUGUUAACCAAAAUGGCGGGUAUUUAUGCAUUCCCCGAACAAACCCCGUGUAUCGAGGGCCCUACUCGAACCCCUAUUCGACCCCCUACUCAGGUCCGUACCCAGCAGCUGCCCCACCACUCUCAGCUCCAAACUAUCCCACGAUCUCCAGGCCUCUUAUAUGCCGCUUUGGAUACCAGAUGGAUGAAAGCAACCAAUGUGUGGAUGUGGACGAGUGUGCAACAGAUUCCCACCAGUGCAACCCCACCCAGAUCUGCAUCAACACUGAAGGCGGGUACACCUGCUCCUGCACCGACGGAUACUGGCUUCUGGAAGGCCAGUGCUUAGACAUUGAUGAAUGUCGCUAUGGUUACUGCCAGCAGCUCUGUGCUAAUGUUCCUGGAUCCUAUUCUUGUACAUGCAACCCUGGUUUUACCCUCAAUGAGGAUGGAAGGUCUUGCCAAGAUGUGAACGAGUGUGCCACCGAGAACCCCUGCGUGCAAACCUGCGUCAACACCUACGGUUCUUUCAUCUGCCGCUGUGACCCAGGAUAUGAACUUGAGGAAGAUGGUGUUCAUUGCAGUGAUAUGGACGAGUGCAGCUUCUCUGAGUUCCUCUGCCAACAUGAGUGUGUGAACCAGCCCGGCACGUACUUCUGCUCCUGCCCUCCAGGCUACAUCCUGCUGGAUGACAACCGAAGCUGCCAAGACAUCAAUGAAUGUGAGCACAGGAACCACACGUGCAACCUGCAGCAGACUUGCUACAAUUUACAAGGGGGCUUCAAAUGCAUUGACCCCAUCCGCUGUGAGGAGCCUUAUCUGAGGAUCAGUGAUAACCGCUGUAUGUGUCCUGCUGAGAACCCUGGCUGCAGAGACCAGCCCUUUACCAUCUUGUACCGGGACAUGGACGUGGUGUCAGGACGCUCCGUUCCCGCUGACAUCUUCCAAAUGCAAGCCACGACCCGCUACCCUGGGGCCUAUUACAUUUUCCAGAUCAAAUCUGGGAAUGAGGGCAGAGAAUUUUACAUGCGGCAAACGGGCCCCAUCAGUGCCACCCUGGUGAUGACACGCCCCAUCAAAGGGCCCCGGGAAAUCCAGCUUGACUUGGAAAUGAUCACUGUCAACACUGUCAUCAACUUCAGAGGCAGCUCCGUGAUCCGACUGCGGAUAUAUGUGUCGCAGUACCCAUUCUGAGCCUCGGGCUGGAGCCUCCGACGCUGCCUCCCAUUGGCACCAAGGGACAGGAGAAGAGAGGAAAUAACAGAGAAUGAGAGCGACACAGACGUUAGGCAUUUCCUGCUGAACGUUUCCCCGAAGAGUCAGCCCCGACUUCCUGACUCUCACCUGUACUAUUGCAGACCUGUCACCCUGCAGGACAUGCCACCCCCAGUUCCUAUGACGCAGUUAUCAAAAAGUAUUAUCAUUGCUCCCCUGAUAUAAGAUUGUUGGUGAAUUUUCAAGGCCUUCAGUUUAUUUCCACUAUUUUCAAAGAAAAUAGAUUAGGUUUGCAGGGGUCUGAGUCUAUGUUCAAAGACUGUGAACAGCUUGCUGUCACCUCUUCACCUCUUCCACUCCUUCUCUCACUGUGUUACUGCUUUGCAAAGACCCAGGAGCUGGCGGGGAAAGCUGGGAGUAGCUAGUUUGCUUUUUGCGUACACAGAGAAGGCUAUGUAAACAAACCACAGCAGGAUCGAAGGGUUUUUAGACAAUGUGUUUCAAAACCAUGCCUGGUAUUUUCAACCAUAAAAGAAGUUUCAGUUGUCCUUAAAUUUGUAUAACGGUUUAAUCCUGUCUUGUUCAUUUUGAGUAUUUUUUAAAAAUAUGUCGUAGAAUUCCUUCAAAAGGCCUUCAGACACAUGCUAUGUUCUGUCUUCCCAAACCCAGUCUCCUCUCCAUUUUAGCCCAAUGUUUUCUUUGAGGACCUCUUAAUCUUGCUUUCUUUAGAAUUUUUACCCAAUUGGAUUGGAAGGCAGAGGUCUCCAAACUGAUUAAAUAUUUGAAGAGA